AACUUCGACCUCGCCUUCCUCUUCGCCCUCGCGAUCACCCUCUCCAUCCUCCUCUCUUCGACCCGUCAUGGCGUCCAGAGCUGCCGUCCGACCGCUCGCGCAGCUGACUGCCGCCAUUGGGCUCAAGCAGACGGGAAGCCGUGGUUUCGUGACAGCUUCACGAUCAGCCUCAUGGCCAUUGCGACCUGCGAGAGCGCAAUUCAACAAGUCACAGCUACAGACCAGCUUCCGAAGAGGUGUUGCCGACACUGCAGCGCCGGUCAAGAAGCGCAGAUUUCGAUUCUUCCGAUGGACGUGGCGAUUGACAUACUUGUCGCUGUUGGGUGGGCUGGGAUAUGUUGGUUACGGAAUCUACAUCAACCGGAAUCCUGUUGAGCAGGCUGAACCUGAUCCGUCCAAGAAGACUCUGGUUGUGCUCGGCACUGGCUGGGGCUCUGUCUCUCUGCUGAAGAAACUCGACACCGAAAACUACAACGUCAUCGUCAUCUCGCCGCGAAACUAUUUCCUCUUCACGCCUCUCCUACCGUCAUGCACGACUGGAACGAUCGAACACCGCAGUAUCAUGGAACCGAUCCGCAACUUCCUACGACACAAGAAGACCGCCGUCAAGUACUACGAAGCCGAGGUGACCAAGAUUGAUGCAGAGAAAAAGAUGGUCUACUUCAGCGAUGACUCCGACGUCAAGGGCUCAACAUCUAUCAGCGAGGUUCCAUUCGACAUGCUGGUGGUUGGUGUCGGCGCCGAGAACGCGACCUUUGGUAUUCCUGGCGUUCGCGAGCACGGUUGCUUCUUGAAAGAGGUGGGUGACGCACAGAAGAUUCGCAAGAAGAUCAUGGACUGCUGCGAGACUGCUACUUUCAAGGAUCAAUCACCGGAUGAAGUCAAGCGUCUGCUGCACACCGUUGUAGUCGGUGGCGGUCCGACUGGUGUGGAGUUUGCCGGUGAGCUGCAGGAUUUCUUCGAGAACGACCUUCGCAAGUGGAUUCCUGAAAUCAAGGACAACUUCCACGUUACACUCGUCGAGGCACUUCCCAACGUUCUGCCAUCCUUUUCCAAGAGCCUGAUCGAUUACACCGAGCAAACUUUCAAAGAGGAGACCAUCGAUAUCCGGACAAAGACAAUGGUCAAGAACGUGACUGAGAAGUACAUCGAGGCCGAGUAUGUGGAUGCGAACGGACAGAAGGUGCUCGAGAAGAUCCCAUACGGCCUGCUCGUGUGGGCCACCGGAAAUGCUCUCCGACCUCUCGUCAAGGACCUGAUGUCGCAGAUUCCUGCUCAAAAGGAGUCCCGCCGUGGACUGGCCGUGAACGAAUAUCUGGUCGUCAAGGGCACUGAGAACAUCUGGGCGGUCGGUGACUGCGCAAUAGCCAAUUAUGCACCCACUGCUCAAGUCGCCAGUCAGGAGGGCGCUUUCCUUGCACGUCUGUUCAACCAAAUGGCCAAGACCGAGGAGAUUGAAUCUCAGCUACUAUCACUGUCUGAAGCUCAAGGCAAUGCUCCCAAUAAGGAGGCCCGCCAACAGGCUUUUGAGGACAUCAAGGACCUGCAGAAACGGUUGCGCCGCGUCAAGCAGAUGGGCCCAUUCGAGUACUCUCAUCAGGGUUCCAUGGCGUACAUUGGAAGUGAAAAGGCUGUGGCCGACAUCAGCUGGUUGACUGGAAACCUCGCCAGUGGUGGUCAGCUCACGUACUUGUUCUGGAGAUCGGCGUAUUUGAGCAUGUGCUUCAGCUCUCGCAACAGGAUUCUGGUCUUCGUGGACUGGUUCAAGUCCUACCUCUUUGGCCGCGAUGUGUCACGAGAGUAA